UAAUUCAGCAGUGAGAUGACGGGUGCCAUUUUGAUAUUUAUGGGAAUUGCUGUUCUCGCUAUGAAGGCAUCUGUUAUUGAAAUGUUCCUUGUAUUGUUGCUGAUUGGAACCUCUGGAACUAAAGAAGUCACAAAAAAGAGUAAAAAGCCAAAAUUCUCUGUGCCUCAGAUCAACUGUGAUGUCAAGGCUGGGAAGAUAAUUAAUCCUGAGUUUAUUGCGAAAUGUCCAGCUGGAUGUCAAGACCCCAAAUACCAUGUUUAUGGCACUGACAUUUACGCAUCAUAUUCCAGUGUCUGUGGCGCUGCUGUUCACAGUUGGUAUGGUGAUAAUUCAGGAGGAAAAAUCCUCGUUCGAAAAGUUGCUGGACAAUCUGGAUACAAAGGAAGUUACUCCAAUGGAAUUCGGUCAUUGUCCUUGCCCCGGUGGAGAGAAUCUUUCAUAAUCUCAGAAGGUAAACAAAAAAGAGGAGUGACCUACCCAUCAACUCUUGAAUAUUCAUCUCCUAAAAGCUCGGUUGCUAAAGCAGAUGAGACCACAAAGCCAUAUCAGAAGCCUACAGUACUUCUCUCAACCACCCCACUGCCAACCACCACAAUCCGAGUACCUGCCACCACCCCAGCUGAGCCCCUGAGCACCACUGCAAAGCCAUGGAUUCCUCUAGACACCACCACCACCACCUCCUCCACCUCCACCAUCACUGCCAGACUGCAGCCUGCAGGCCACAGGAUCAGAGAUACCGGAUUCAGGUCCACUGCAGCCUAUACAGGCAACCCCAGUGUCACUUGGGCCCACACAGCUGGAGAGACAGGCUCGUGGAAACCUGGAAUGGUCCUUUUGGAUGCAGGAUCAAGGCCAAAUGAAGAAUUUAAGACAAGACCUUCGGAGCCAGCAUCCAAGGGAGAUCCAAACUGCAAAGUUGAUUUGUCCUUUUUAAUUGAUGGGAGCUGGAGCAUCGGCAAACGGCGUUUUCGAAUCCAGAAGCAGUUCUUAAAGGACGUUAGCCAAGCUCUUGACAUUGGCCCAGCUGGUCCACUCCUGGGUAUUGUACAAUAUGGAGACAACCCUUCCAUGGAAUUUAACCUCAAGACUCAUUCGGAUUCCAGGGAUCUGAAGGCAGCCAUAGAGAAAAUUUCCCAGAAAGGCGGGCUUUCCAAUGUGGGGCGGGCACUUUCUUUUGUUACCAAAAACUUCUUUUCCAAUGCCAAUGGAAACAGAGGGGGAGCCCCCAAUGUGGCCAUAGUGAUGGUGGAUGGUUGGCCCACAGACAAGGUGGAGGAGGCCUCAAGACUCGCCAGAGAAUCCGGAAUCAACAUUUUUUUCAUCACCAUUGAAGGUGCUGUUGAAAAUGAGAAGCAGAAUGUGAUAGAACCCAACUUCGUGAACAAGGCUGUCUGCAGACAAAAUGGUUUCUAUUCCCUCAAUGUGCUGAGCUGGUUCAGCCUCCACAAGAUUGUGCAGCCCCUGGUGAAACGGGUCUGUGACACCAACCGCCUAGCCUGCAGCAAGACCUGCUUAAACUCAGCAGAUAUUGGCUUCGUUAUUGACGGCUCCAGCAGCGUAGGGACAGGCAACUUCCGCACCCUCCUCCAGUUUGUUGCCAACCUGAGCAAAGAGUUUGAGAUUUCAGACACAGAUACACGCAUCGGGGCUGUGCAGUACACCUACGAGCAGCGGUUGGAGUUUGGGUUUAACAAGUACAGCACCAAGCUAGAUGUCCUGAAUGCCAUCAAGAGGGUCAAUUACUGGAGUGGCGGGACCAGCACUGGGGCUGCAAUCCACUAUGCCUUGGAACACCUCUUCAAAAACUCCAAGCCCAAUAAAAGAAAAUUAAUGAUCCUCAUCACAGACGGCAGGUCUUAUGAUGACGUACGAGUACCGGCCAUGGCUGCUCAUCAGAAUGGUGUGAUCACCUAUUCUAUAGGAAUCGCUUGGGCAGCUCAAGAUGAACUGGAAGUGAUUGCCACUCACCCUACCAAGGACCACUCCUUCUUUGUAGAUGAGUUUGAUGACCUCUACAGGUCUGUCCCCAAGAUAAUCCAGAACAUUUGUACAGAGUUCAACUCUCAGCCACGGAAUUGAGUUAAAAGCACCUCUGAAAGGGUGGCUUCCCCAACUAUCUCAAACAAGAGCAACUGAAAUGUUUUUCAGAGGGUCCCUGAGUAGAGAUCCAAAGGGUAUAAGUCCUAGGAUUCUCCAGAUACCUUUCACCCUUAGGAAAGGCUAACUUAUAGGCUGUGUGGAGGAUCAUGCCUUCCUCCUGUGCUUUCUUUUUCUUUUCUUUUGAUGGUCUCAAAACUUGGUGUUAAGUAGGGAGAGGGCCAACAUUUUUAGAAUGAACCAGAUUGAUAAAUCCAUGUAUUUGGAAACUCACAGUUUUAAGCUUGCCACCAGAAGAAAUGUUCAUAUUAGAAUAGUGAUUCCACGACGGGUGAGGCUGGGCCUUUGGGUAGGUGAAUACUUCCUUUUGCAAAUAUCUCUUAUUUUAAUUGUUAUGUUGAUCCUCAGUCUAUGUCAUGAUCAUAUAGGAGUUGUUUUAUUAAAUGCUUAAAAGGCUAAUAU